AACUUGGAGGUGGCAGCGGCGGUGGCGGAGGAGGCGGCGGCCGCGGGGCGCUGCAGUGGGACGCGCGCGGCUGCCAGCCUGCGGGACAGGUCCCCCGCACCAACGCCUUGCUGGCAGCCAUGAAGAGGCAGAACGUGAGGACUCUGUCCCUCAUCGCCUGCACCUUCACGUACCUGCUGGUGGGCGCCGCCGUGUUCGACGCCCUCGAGUCCGACCAUGAGAUGCGCGAGGAGGAGAAGCUCAAGGCGGAGGAGAUCCGGAUCAGGGGCAAGUACAACAUCAGCAGCGAUGACUACCGGCAGCUCGAGCUGGUGAUCCUGCAGUCGGAGCCGCACCGCGCCGGCGUGCAGUGGAAAUUCGCUGGCUCCUUCUACUUUGCCAUCACGGUCAUCACUACCAUAGGUUACGGACACGCGGCACCUGGCACCGACGCUGGCAAGGCCUUCUGCAUGUUCUACGCUGUGCUGGGCAUCCCCCUGACGCUGGUCAUGUUCCAGAGCCUGGGCGAGCGCAUGAACACCUUCGUGCGCUACCUGCUGAAACGCAUCAAGAAGUGCUGCGGCAUGCGCAACACCGAGGUGUCCAUGGAGAACAUGGUGACCGUCGGCUUCUUCUCCUGCAUGGGCACGCUGUGCAUCGGGGCGGCCGCCUUCUCCCAGUGCGAGGAGUGGAGCUUCUUCCACGCCUACUACUACUGCUUCAUCACCUUGACGACCAUCGGAUUCGGGGACUAUGUGGCGCUGCAGACCAAGGGUGCCCUGCAGAGGAAGCCUUUCUACGUGGCCUUCAGCUUCAUGUACAUCCUGGUGGGGCUGACCGUCAUCGGAGCCUUCCUCAACCUGGUGGUCCUCCGCUUCCUGACCAUGAACAGCGACGAAGAGCAGCCUCCGGAGCUGGAAGGUGGGGAGCCGGCCCCCGAAAACCGCAACAGCGUGGUGGUGGCGCACAUCUCCGGCAGCGAGGAGGAGCGGCGGCCCGCGCGACGGCGCCGCAGGAGCGAGGGCGGCGAGCUGCAGUCGGUGGUGUGCUCCUGCGCCUGCUACGACCCCCAGGCGCCGCCGAGCGUCAGUGCCAAGCUCGCGCCCCCCACCUUGCGCGCCAUCUCCUACAAGAUGGAGGAGAUCUCGCCGAGCACCCUGAAGAACAGCCUCCUGCCGUCUCCGCUCAGCUCCGUCUCGCCUGGGUUGCACAGCUUCAACGACAACCACAGGCUGAUGCGCCGCCGGAAGUCCGUCUAA